AUGGCCAACAACCAAUCCGGACCCUCCUCCUCCCUCUCUAUCAGGGGGGCAGCAGCUGGCGGGCCCGCAUCCAGAGUCGUGGCCAAUGCCCUGAGGGGUGCUGGGAUCUCGAGGUCGUCGGCGGCGCAAGGAAUGGACAUAGACGGUGGUGUCCAGCGGGGACCAGGCAGGGGCGCAGCGAGGCGAGGAAGGUCCAGUGGACCUCUUGAUCAGACUGGCCGCCAUCGACCACCAGUCAAUGGUAGAGAUGAUUCUCCCUACGCAAAACGACCGACCAAUGUGGCAAAGCCCGCGCGGGGUAGAGGAGGGCGUCAUUCACACCCGGGGCGGAAUCCUGCGGGGACACCACCGACCCUGGCUGAUCUGAGGCGAGGCGGCACACCAAGCAAAGCCGAGACGGAUCACGCCAACUCUCAGCUGAAACAAAAGCUGGGGAGUGAGGAAAUGAAGGCGUGGUUGAGAAGCAGGAUGAUCUCUCCGGGCGUUCUGGACAUGUCGAACCUCCAACAUGACGAAUGGCUCAAUACAAGUGGUAUCCUCCCUCCCGGCCACGUUCGCGCCCCUCACAACUCUGGUAUCGUUUUCUGGCGUCUGAUCGACUCGGUUCUCCAAAAGACCGACAAUACACCCAUUCACACCCUUACACUCGGCUCAAACGAUUUCCACCACCUCAAACAGCUUGAAAAACUGCCUUUCUGGCUCCCCGAUAUUCGAGCGCUUGACUUGAGCGACAACCCCAUCAAUCAUAUCGCCGAGCUGGACAACAUCCUGGCGUCUGGAGAGAAGAAAGGAAAGGCGAACGCCGGGAUGGGGAGUUUGAAGAGUCUGGUAGAGCUCAAGUUGAACGGCUGUGCUUUCAGGGAAAAGACGUUGGCGAUGCAAGAUGGAGAGGCCAUCUAUAAGCAUGAAAUUCUCCGGCGAUUCCCUGGAUUGAGGAUUCUCGACGGCGUCAGUCUCGAACGUGUCGUCUUUCCCAUCGAAAGGAAGCCCAAAAUCAAACACACAGACGAGCAAAAGGCUGCACUCGUUGCUAGGCCAUACACUUUCCCUGUGGAGGUCAAGCCCGAGUUCUUUUCAGAGGCUGCUGCCAAAGACUUUGCCAUGAGCUUUUGCGCCAGAUAUUUUCCCUUAUUCGACAAUGCCCGGGGCGAGCUUCUACCGGCUUAUGCCCCCAACGCCCUCAUUUCUAUCGCAGCAAACACUCUCAGCUCUCGCUCUUACCUCGCCACCCAGGUCGUCCCCCGUACCCGCUCCGAGCGCCCCCAACCCGUCCCCUUCGAGCCUUGGACCAAGCUCCCUUCUCGAAACUUUUUCCGUAACGCUACGAGUAUUCAACAGCGAAUGGAGACGCUCAAGACGAGGGCGGACCCGGAGAAGUUGUUGGAGUGGUGGGACAAGAAUGUGCCCAAGACGGAACAUCCAUUGACGGAUGCUGGGAAAUGGUGUUUCGAGUGUUGGGUGUUGGAUAGUGAAGGGGGACGGGUGAGGUUGUGUUUGCAGAUUCAGGGAAUGUUUAGGGAAUUGCCUUCGGGGACCUAUCGAUCUUUCUCCAGAACAUUCAUCCUGGUUGAAGCGCCUCCAGACUCUCCUGCUGUAGCUGCAGGGUUCCCCGCGACGAUCCUCUCAGACACCAUGAUUGUCCACUCUUACUUGGGCUCCAACGCAUUCGACGGUGUGCAGCCUUUGGCAUCCCACGGCGUCACCAUUCAACCGCCCUCUAUUCCCUUUUCCCCCAGCGAAGUCGUGAUCCCCGCCGGCGCCCCCGCCGCUGCUCCAGGCCUUCCUGCCGCAGGCGCACCCUCAGAGGCGGAACAACAAGCGCUCGUGGCCCAAGUGUCACAGAGGACGCGGAUGAAUGCCCAAUUUGGCAUGAUGUGUCUAGCGCAGAAUGGGUGGGAUUUGGAGGCGGCGGUAGCCAAUUUCGAGGAGAUCAAGGGGUCGAUUCCUCAGGAGGCGUUCUUGUAG